AUGGAACCAGAUAUGCCAGAGGAUAAUAUUGUAUGUCAGUUCUGUCAUAAAAGAUUUUGUAAUACAAGACAGUUGGUUGGCCAUCUUGUUAAAAUACAUGUCAGUCAACCUAAUCUCCAUUGUACAUAUAGAGGUUGUACAGCUGUGUAUAAAAAUCCUAGUUCCCUUAGAUCACACAUUAGUCGAAAACAUAGGGCACUUUUGCCUCAUGAUAUUUGCAACGCUAAUGGUAAAAAUGUUGAGCCGAAUAAUAUUGGCCAUUCUGUUGAUAAUCCUGAUAAUGAAGCAAUUCCCGAAUCAAAUGUUAAUAAUGAUGUUCCGUGUUCUGAACUCGUUGGUGAUUAUGAUGAUCUUGUAAAUAAUCCUAUUUUACAGCCUAAUGAUGGUGAUGAUAAUCCGUUUUGUGAUCCCAAUAAUGAUCCCGAUAGUCAUCCAAUGUUAUCUAAUAAUAACAGUGAUCCAAGCGAUGAUCCUGACAGUGAUCCAAGUUCAGAGUAUAAUGAUGAUGAUGGUGAUGGUGACGAUGAUGAUGAUGGUGAUGAAUAUGAUCCCGAUAAUGACUCGAAUCCAGAGCCUAAUGAUGCUGAUGAUGAUGGUGGCGAAGAAAGAAAUCCCUUGAAGCACGCUCUUGCCAAAUAUAUACUGUAUUUAAGAGGUUGUACAAGAGCUACCAACAAUGAUGUUAUUGGAAUAUUAGAAAGUGCUCAGGAAUUAAUUGUUACAUAUGUGGAAUAUUAUUUAAACCAAGUUCAAACACUUCUACAAGAAUCUAUACGAUUAAACAUAAAUGAUUAUAUAAAUAUAGAAGAAACUGUUCGAAGUAUAGAUGCCAUCCACGAUCUUAAUACUAUAUAUAAUCAGGAUAAAUACUUUAAAAAAAAUUUUGGGUUAGUGAUACCUAUGAGAAAACAAUUAGGGGCUGAGUUUCAAAAUUACAGUUCAUCAACUAAUGAUGGCAAUCAACGCAUAAAAAUAAAAAAACAUGAAAUGGUUCAAAUUUCAAUAAGUGAAGUUUUGUCAAAGUGGCUUUCAAAUGGUUCGUAUGCAAAUUGCAUACAGGAACAAAUCAGACGUGAUGAUGAUGUUCUAUCUUCAAGCUCAGAUGGAAGUCAUUUUCAAAACCAUCCCUUUAAAAUAAUGAGACCUAAUGCUAAGUUUAUUAAGCUUUACUUUGAUGAAGUUGAACUGUGCGACUUAGCUGGCUCUAAGUCUAAUUUUAUGCAUAAAUUAGGUAUGUUUUAUUGGAUACUCGAUGACCUUGCUCCUGCUUACAAGUCUCAACUGAAAUUUAUUAAUCUGGCGGCAAUAGUACCAAGUCCCUACAUAAAAAAGUAUGGAAUGAAUGAAGUUGUGUCAUAUUUGCUUACCGAUCUUCAAGAGGCAGAGAAUGGAGUAAAUCUUCCCAACGGAGAAAAUAUAUACUGUGGAGUAUCAUCGUUUAUUGGUGACAACUUGGCAUGUCAUCAGAUUGGAGGCAGAAAGGGAUCAUUCAACUGUAACCAUCCUUGUCCAUAUUGUAUGGCACCCAUCGAUCAGGUGCGAACUAUGACUGCAGAAAUUGCAGAGCUUUUGCGCACAGCUGCAGAGGAUGACCGCCAAGUCUAUGAAAUUGAAAAUGCUCCUGAUGAACGAACAAAAGCUUUUUUAAGAACAGAAUACGGGAUAAACACAAGAUGUUUACUUAAUGAUCUAAUCGGUUUUCACUACACAGAAUCCUGCCCUCCAGACCUGACCCAUGAUGAUGAUUUAGGAAUUUGCAUUGUAACGAUCCGUGCAUUUUUGAAAGAGCUAUGUUUGAAUCUAGAAUCAAUAACAUUAGAUGAAAUAAAUGACCGAAUCAGAGAUUUUGAUUAUGGAUAUUCGGAAAAAUCAGCAAAGCCAUCAAAAAUAACCCGAGAACAAUUAUUGGACAAAAAAGUAGGAUUUAAACAAACAGCUGCUCAGAUGAUUAUGUUAACGUUUAUGCUUCCGUUGAUUGUGAUCAAUGAGGUGCAAAGAGACUGGCUUCCAAUGAAAAAUUAUCUGUUGAUGCUGGAACUUAUUCUAAUCUCUCAUGCACACGAAAUUAAUAUUCCAUCUUUGAAUUAUUUGCAUUUAAUAAUUUCUGAAUAUUUGGAAACUUUUCAAACAACCUAUAACGAGACACUAACUCCUAAACAACACUUCUUGGUGCAUCGUUGUUCCUUGAUUUUAAAGUUUGGACCACUGAUUCAUUAUAAGACCAUCCGAAUGGAAGCUGAACAUCAGUUUUUUAAAAGAAUUGCACAAAACUUGCGAACUUAUAAAAAUUUGCCACUAACUCUUGCUCGGAAACACCAGUUAAGACAGACAGCCUUGCUUUCAGAAAGUCUUGAAAAUGAAUUAAAAACUGGACCUAUAAAGCAAAUUAAUUUGCAGAAAACGGCAUUUAGAGACCUGUUCCCAGACGAAAAUUUUGUGCAGACAACAAGUUGGGUGAAAAUUAACGGUAUCAAAUACACAGCGUCAAAGUGCUUCAUUGCAGUUUCCUACAGUGAAGAAAAUUUGCCACAGUUCAGAGCGUUGCAUAGUAUCGUGUGGCAAAAUGGAGUACCUAUAUUUGUUUGUCAAAAAGUUAAUACGUUGGAACUUGAUUUAUUAGUAAUGGCCUACAAAAUAGAAAUUUCAAAUGAUUUCAUAAAUCACAUAUUUGAAGACUUUUUGUCGUAUGAAGUAUUCCAUUCACAUCGACAAGGCAAUCAAACUUUUAUUAUUUUGAAAAAAGCACUAGGUCCUUUAUAUUAA